AUGAAACUUGUUUAUCUAAAGGUUGCUAACAAAAAACUGUUACUAUUGAUAUUUCUCAAUAUAACAUCGAAUGCUCCUCCUCCUCCUCCUCCUCCUCCUACUACUACUACUACUACUACUACUACUACUACUACUUCUACUACUGCUACUGCUACUACUACUACUACUACUACUACUACUACUACUACUACUACUACUGCUACUACUACUGUUAAUAACAAUAAUAAUUCUGACAAAUAG